AAUGUCACUCAACCUAAAGCUUAAACCCUAGAAAUCGUAGAAAGAGAACGCGGAGACAGAGGAAAAAAAAGGCGAAAGCUUUGCAAGUUUUAACAAUGGCGCAGCAGCAAAAGAUCGUCGAUCCCUUGUCGGCUGAAGUGAACCCAGACCCGAAAGUGGAGAUGGAAGUCGAAGCCGUGGACCCGAAAGCAGAGACCGGCGACGAGACUGCGGAGAAACGUGAGAGAGAGGAGACGGAGGAGGAAGAGAACGGAGGCGAAUCGAAGAAGCAGAAGGUGGUAGAGGAAGAGAAGACUAACGGGUCGGAUCCGGUUAAGCUGGGUCCGAAGGAGUUUGUUACCUCUGUGGCGAUGUUCGAUUACUUUACCAAGUUUAUGCAUUUUUGGCCAACUGAUCUCGAUGUCAAUACGUAUGAGCACAUGGUGCUACUAGAUCUGAUUAAGAAGGGGCACUCGGAGCCCGACAAGAAGAUUGGAGGAGGGAUUAAAGCCUUCCAAGUAAGGACCCACCCGAUGUGGAAAAGCCGAUGCUUCUUUCUGGUUAGGGAAGACGACUCUGCAGACGAUUUCAGCUUCAGGAAGUGCGUUGACCACAUCCUCCCUUUGCCUGAAAACAUGAAGACACCUGGAGCUAGCGGCAAUGGAUAUGGUGGGAGAGGUCGCGGUGGUGGAAAAAGAGGCGGUCGUGGUGGUGGUAGAGGCGGCGGAUUCAGAAGAAAUUGAUUGCCUUGUUAUAAAUAGAGUGAAAUUUUGGAGCUUUCAUGUUAUGUUCUGUUGCUGAAAACUUAUUAAGUUAUGAUCUUGUCGAAUGCUACUGUUGUUUUACAGUGAAUCAUUUCCUGAAUGCGUAAUCAUAUGACA